AUGGCGCUGCCCCCCGCAUUGCAAGCGUUGUCGAUCGGUCCGCGCACUGCGGCGAAUGUGCUUGAGCUUUAUGUGGACUACCUGUGCCCCUUUUCUGCCAAGAUGCUAGCCAAUUUUGACGCCUUUGGCGUCCCGUUGCUCUUCGGCCAGCACGCUGCGUUUCACGGCGACGUGCGUGUGGUCGUGCGCCCGGUGCCGCAGCCGUGGCAUGCUUCGUCUGUGCUGCUGCACGAGACUGCACUUAGUGUCGCGCGUCUGUGCGUGCCAGACGAGCAGAGGCUCGCCGACCCGGUCUCGAACGCAUUCUGGAUCUUUUCGCAGGCGCUCAUGAAGGCGAGUCCGGAAUGGUACGAGGCACGUGCCCGUGCCAAGACGGCGGACCAGGUGCGAGACGAGCUUGCGCAGCUCUGCGGACAGGUGUUUGCCAGCAGCGGCAAGGACAUGCUCCAGCUGAACGGCCAGCCUGUCGAGCAGGCCGUGCGCCACUGGACGCGAGUGUCAGACGAGGGAAAUGACGGGUCCAUGAUUGUGCCCGAGAUGAAAUACUGUAACGGCAUCCAUGUGACGCCGACUGCGUUGUGGAACGGUGUUGUGGAGCCUAGCAUCUCGAGCUCAUUCACCGAGCAGGAAUGGCGCGCAUUCUUCUCCGAGCGCACGCCGAAAAGCAAGGCAUAG